AUGAUGUAUCCCCUUUCAAUCGCCUUCCUGGCCUUGCCCCUACUGGCAUCUGCACAGAAAUGCACAAUUCAGUUUGAUGGCCGCGUACCUUCGACUUUCACGGCAGCUUCCUUCGACACGAACAACAACCUGUUCAACCCGAGCAAUGUAUUUGGCCAAGGCCUCAAGUUCAGCCAGCUCAUCCAACUGCCUGCUGUGACGGGUUCGCUCUUUGACGUCAACACCGUCCCGGCCGAGGUCACCAUUAGCGACAAGUCCAUCUUCGCCCCCAGCGCCGACAACGUCCAGACCGGCUUUCGCCGCGCUGAACUCCUCCCGGCCAGCAACUCCGGCACCGAUCCGUCCACUCAGGGGAUCAAGACUCUGCACUUUAGCGUGAUGCAGGACGCCCAGCGGCCCCUCAACCUGACGCACGAGUACCAGCUCGUCUUCCUCGAGAGCAACGACUUUAGCACCAACCAGCUCGUGCUCAAGGCGGGCACUGUGCUGGGCCAGGCCGGCAACGUGGAUCCCAACACCCUUCAGCUAUUUGGAAACGUCAACUCCAACCCGCCGCAGGUGCUCUUCAGCACGCCAUUCACGCCCGGCGUCUUCCACAACUUUGCCGUGACGCUCGACUUCAACAAGCUGACGUCGCAAGUCUUUUUCUCGACGGGUACGACGGCACUCAAGUCGGUCACGCAAGCGCUGGCCAACGACGUCAGUGGCCAGGGCCAGUUCCACUUUGGCGUGCUCAAGAAGCCUGUGAACCCGGGUGCAGAUAUUGUGCACAGCGGCACACAGGAGCCCGGCAUCAACGAGGGCGUCAUCUUCGGCGGCAUUUUCGAGGAGGAUAGCUCAACAGGUUGUAUCAGCCUCUCUCCAUAG